UUCCGCCAAGAUGUCCAUGGUCCGAAGAUCUAGCAUGGACAGAAUGUCCUCGAGCAUGACGUCUAGUAUGACGGGAAUGGGUCUUGGCGGAAUAACUGGAUUGACAUCGGGAAUGAGCACUCUAAGCUGCAUGAGGGAGCAACAUGUGACCAUCGGCGGCAUGCCAUCGAAUUACGUGCCUGGACUGUCGGCUUACUACAACAUAUCGAGCUUUUGUCAACGUCCAGGGCAACCUCGCCGCUGGGCGAUGCAACGAGCUGGACCUACGGCGCAGCAUCGUCCAGGACGCUCUCACAGCAUGGGUUGUUUGCAUCGCAUGAAGUAUUCUUCAAGAAACAGUCCCAAUACGCAGUACACUCAUAACUUAAUCUGCAAGUUGGCCGACCAGAAUGAACGUCGUCGUCGUCAGGACACUCUGGAAAUGCUUCCGCAAAGUUAUUAUUCCCAGCAACCCUUAAAAGUAGAACUGACUGAAUUUUAUUCAAGAGACAAUUCUAGAGAGCAUCAUACUGAGCAAUACGAUCUCGUAAAUGAUAACAUUUUACCAAAUCCAGUGUUAAGAAGAGGUCAAAAUUUCUUCUUUGCUGUCCGAUUUGAUAGAACUUUUGACAAGCAGCAAGACAUGAUUCGCUUGGUAUUUUGCUUCGGAUCUAAGCCUAGUGUCACUAAAGGAACUCGUGUAGUUUUGCCAGUUAAUUGGAGUACCCAACAAGGAAUGUACCCACAUUCCCGGGAAAUGAUCGGCAUUGGAACAGGGAUGGGUAUAGGUUCCACAGUAAGUUCGGGGUUGGGGAUGGCGAUGGGUAUGGGUAUGGGAAUGGGAAUGGGCAUGGGACUGUCACGUAUACAAGAUAAUACUACUGGAACUAUGGGAACAAUGUCUUCAAUGGGUCCGAUGAGUGGUUUGCGGGAAACUAAUACGUAUGGGGCUCGUCGCGGUUCAUUUAGCAAUGAUCCUGUGCCAUUACAGCACAGCCCACUGAGUCCUCACGGUCCUAUGGACCGGCCCAUGAUGGAUCGUUAUGCAGGAAGCACUCAACAUUCAUCCUUUGGUCGGCCUGGUUACGGUUCACGCCACGGUUCACGUCAUGGAUCAAUGCAGAAUUUAGCUAACCUUGCACAUGAUAUGGAUAGAUGGGACAUCAGUAUCCAGCGUCAAGAUGGAAACACUAUUACAUUCCAAGUACAUAUACCAGCUACUGCGCCUGUGGGCGUGUGGAAUUGCUGGGUGCAGACGAAUCGCUUUGGUCAACGUGACAACCGACACGACUACAAAUGUGACGAAGAUAUUUACAUUCUCUUUAACCCGUGGUGUCGAGAGGAUCCCGUCUAUAUGGACAAUGAAUCGUUUAGAAGAGAAUAUGUUCUCAAUGAGCAAGGAAAAAUUUGGUGUGGUACUUGGCGACAACCUAAAGGUCGUAAAUGGAUUUACGGCCAGUUUGAUGAUUGCGUUCUACCCGCUUGCAUGUAUUUGCUCGAACGCAGUGGUUUGGAGCAUUCAGAAAGAGGCAACCCUGUCCGUGUUUGCCGCGCUAUCUCUUCUAUGAUAAACGCGAAUCAUGAUGACGACGGUUUGAUGGUUGGCCGUUAUGAUGGAGAGUACAAGGACGGUGUAGCUCCACAUGCUUGGACAGGAUCUGUUGCCAUCCUAGAACGUUACUUAACCGAAGGUGGUAGACCUGUGGAAUACGGACAAUGUUGGGUGUUUUCAGGGCUUGUCACAACAAUUUGCAGAGCUCUCGGUAUUCCUUGUCGUUCAGUCACUAAUUACGUAUCAGCUCACGAUACAAACCGCACGUUUACUGUCGACAAGUUCUUCGACCAUGAUGGCAACGAAGUACCCAACGGACCUGAUGAAGAUUGUUAUGAUUCCUGCUGGAACUUCCACGUUUGGAACGAUGUUUGGAUGCAACGUCCUGAUCUACCACAAGGAUACAGUGGCUGGCAGAUAAUUGACUCCACGCCACAAGAGGAAGCCGAAGCGGUGUAUCAUUGCGGUCCUGCUAGCGUUGAAGCCGUGCGACGUGGCGAAGUUGGCUUCCAAUAUGACACACCAUUUAUGUACGGGCAGAUUAAUUCUGAACUGUGCCACUUCCAGGAAGAAGAAAAUUCAGAAUGGGGUUUUAUUCGAAUGGCGUCGAACAAUUACCAAGUGGGUCGCAAAAUCCUUACCAAGAAUCCAAAUCGUGACGAUGAAGAGGGAGAAAGUGACAUGUUGGAAAUCACCCACGAAUAUAAGACCAUGGAUAGUUCUUCUCCUGAGCGUUGGGCUGUAAUUGCUUCCUGCCGAGGUUACCAGCGUCUGCAGCAAUACUACGAAUAUCCUGAUCGCAAUUACGAGGAUGUCUAUUUUGAACUUAUGGACAUCGAUUUGGUACCUUACGGCCAGCCUUUUGAUUGCACAAUGAACAUACAGAAUAAAUCCAAUGAAGAUCGCGCAAUAUGGUGCGUGUUGACCGCUUCGUCCUGCUACUACACUGGCGCAAUAGCGUCGAGACUACGCAGGGCUCAGGGUGAAUUCAUUGUGCGAGCCGGCCAGCGUGAGGUUCUCAAACUGCAUAUUACUCCUCAAGAGUAUAUGGAUAAAAUGGUAGAUCACACAAUGGUGAAGGUACACGCAAUGGCGUACGUUAAGCAGACACGUCAGGCCUGGUCAGACGAGGAUGACUUCCCAUUACAUAAACCCAGGAUGCAAGUGCAGGUGAGAGGCCAGCCAAGUAUUGGUCAAGAAUGUCCAGUUACAUUCAGUUUCCAGAAUCCUUUGAACGUUUAUCUGACUGACUGCUACUUCACUUUUGAAGGAAAUGGUGUACAGAGACCAAGACAGAUAAGAUUCCGUGACGUGAAGCCGGGCGAGUUUGUUACUUACCAAGACAAAUUCAUAUCGCGCCGGCACGGCGAGCGGCGUAUCGUCGUUACUUUCUGGUCACGGCAGCUGGAUGAGAUCUUUGGCACCUGUAUGGUGAAUGUUCGUGGCUAGCUAGCCCCCGGCCCCCGCGCGGUCUCUCCGCGUACCUCCCCGGGGCCGACUUCACCUCAGGCACUGCAACUGGACCGAUCGUUUGUCUCAUAUGUUGCGCCAGAUCAACAAUUGUAUGUUAAAGAAGAGGAAGUGGUGGUUUUGAAGACUAUAUAAAUUUAGUGCGAUGAUUACGCGA